AUUUUCCUCACCACCAUUAGCCGCGAGAAGGCUCCUGAGCAAAAUGGUUUCCUUCAAGGAAGUGCGAGAUGGCUUCGGAUCCUUGUUUUACGCUGUCAACCCUUAUGACUCCAUGUUCAAGACAAUCCCCGAUUUACCAGAGCGCAACUACAUUCAGCAAGCUGGGCCAUACUUUUUGGUUCUUGUAAUUUUGGAACAUAUAGGGUUGCUUCUGAAGGGUAAGCCGGGGAUUAGAUUCAAUGAUGGUUUGAUGUCGGUCGCCAAUGGUUAUUUCAUGAAUAUUCGAGAUGCCACCAUGAAAAAUAUGCUGAUGUUCUUCUAUAUCUACAUCUACGAUAAUUAUUGCAUCUACGAGCUUCCUUGGGAUUCGGUUUGGACUUGGAUCAUCGCCGCCCUUGGAUGCGAUUUGUCCUUCUAUUGGGUUCAUCGAGCUUCUCACGAACUAAACAUCUUAUGGGCCUCGCAUCAAGUUCACCACAGCUCAGAAGAAUUCAAUUUGACAACGGCUCUAAGACAACCUUUCAUGAAGGCCUUUCAAUCAUGGCCGUUCUACUUGCCAUUAGCUUUCUUCGUCCCUCCGACACACGUGAUUGUUCACAUGCAAUUUAAUGUAAUGUACCAGUUUUGGCUUCAUACAGAAGUUGUAACAACUCUUGGACCUCUGGAAUACAUUUUGAACACUCCUCAACAUCAUCGAGUUCAUCAUGGUUCUAAUCGGUAUUGUCUGGAUACGAACUAUGCUGGAGUUUUGAUCAUUUGGGAUAUGAUUUUUGGAACAUUUGCUUGGGAGCGUCAUGAUGAUGGUGGCGUCGUCUAUGGCUUGGUGGACCAACCUCAAUAUUUCAACCCAUUUAGACAUCAAGUCGAGUAUUAUUACAAAGUGUUCCAGAAGGCUUAUUCCAUGAACACAUGGUCUGACAAGAUUUCAGCUCUCCUGAAGGGCCCAGGAUGGUUCCCAGGCACAGAAAGGUUGGGGGAUCUUGAGCAGGUGCCAGAGCGGCAAACUCGAACAAGGUACAACCCUCAAAUCCCGGUUUGGACCAAAGUAUACGCUGCCGCCCAUUUUGUCUUGGUUGUCAUUGUUUUUGACUACUUUUCACGCUUCACUAUGGUUAUGUCACAAACUACCGCUUUGGUAGUGAUUGGACUCAUCAUUUGGACCUUGACCAACUUGGGCUUCAUUUGUGACAAACGCCCAUGGGAUUGGUUUUCCGAAAUUGUGCGAUGCGGAGCAGUGUUGAUGCUACUAGUGUAUUAUGGUUCUCUGGAAGGUUUGAAAAUGCCGAAGGAGUUUGUCUUUUGGGCCUUUUCUGCUUCGAUGGUCAUUGCCAUCAUAGCUAGCAUCUCGAAACUGACGAACGUCAGCAGAUCUGACAAUGUCAAGAAGCAAAGUUGAUGGUCAUUAUAAACA